CGGCGGCGGGGCGGAUGGAGCGGGCGCUGAGCCUGGCUGCCGAGGAGGACUUGUUCCACAAGCGGCUCGGCGCGGCGGCCAAGAGGAUGGAGUCCGCCUUCCGCUCGCCCGCGGGGCUCGAGCUGGCCGCCCACCAGCCGGCGCCCCCGCCGCGCGAGCCCCGCCAGACGCCCCCCUCGCCGCUGGGCGGCUGUUACGAGGCCGGCGAGGCGGAGGCGCUGCUGCUGCGCGGGGAAGGCGCCGGCGGCGGGGAGUUCGGGGCGAGCCGCGGCUCGGCGGCCGAGAGCAGCGGGGGCGAGCAGAGCCCCGACGACGACAGCGACGGGCGCUGCGAGCUGCUGCUGCGGGGCCCGGGCGGGGGCGCGGGGGGCGCCCUGCUGAAGACGCCCGAGGGCGGCGCCUGCUCCAACGGCCACCACGGCGCGGGCGGCGGCGGGGCCAAGAAGUCCAAGGAGCAGAAGGCGCUGCGCCUCAACAUCAACGCCCGCGAGCGGCGGCGCAUGCACGACCUCAACGACGCGCUGGACGAGCUGCGGGCCGUCAUCCCCUAUGCGCACAGCCCCUCGGUGCGCAAGCUCUCCAAGAUCGCCACGCUCCUGCUGGCCAAGAACUACAUCCUCAUGCAGGCGCAGGCCCUCGACGAGAUGCGCCGCCUCGUCGCCUAUCUCAACCAGGGCCAGGCCAUCUCCGCCGCCUCCCUGCCCGGCUCGGCCGCCGCCGCCGCCGCUGCCGCCGCCGCCGCCCUCCACCCGGCCCUCGGCGCCUACGAGCAGGCGGCCGCCGGAUACCCCUUCAGCGCCGGCCUGCCGCCCGCCACCUCGUGCCCGGACAAAUGUGCCCUCUUCAACAGCGUCUCCUCCAGCCUCUGCAAACAGUGCACGGAGAAGCCUUAA